AUGAUCAUUGAGAAUAUCGCUUGCUGGGGACUAACAAUGGACGAUCAAAAAUUUCUCUACGUUACUGACAUCGUAAAACAUUUUGUGAAACGAUAUCAAGUAGGAGAGAAAAAUGGAACUGUAGUGGCAGGUGGCCAUGGACGUGGUGAUCAGCUUGAUCAACUUAACGAUCCUUCCUACGUCUUUGUCGAUGGAUAUCAUUCUAUCUACGUGUCGGACAGGAGGAACCAUCGUGUGGUGAAAUGGUUGAAAGAUGCGAAAGAAGGGGUUGUUGUAGCUGGUGGUCAAGGUCAAGGAAGUGCUCGGAACCAAUUGUCGUCUCCUCGAGGAGUGUUUGUCGAUCUAUGGGGCACAGUUUAUGUGGCAGACGCGGGGAAUAAUCGAGUGAUGCGUUGGCGCCGCGGAGCACUACAGGGAGAUGUCAUUGUUGGGGGAAAUGGUGAUGGGCAAGAAGCAGAUCAAUUAAAUGAUCCCAAAUAUUUAACAUUCGAUCGAUAUGGCAAUCUCUAUGUCUCCGAUAGUAAGAAUCAUCGAGUUCAACGAUUCUUACUCAGUACUAUUUGA